AUGACCUUGAGGACCGUGGCGAACACCGUCAGACGAGGAUGCGACCCACAGACGGUGCGGCACCUGCUCUAUGAAACGGACGCCGAGGGUCUGAACUUCCUCAUGCACAGCGUUGCCUACCGAGCGUGCCAACCUGCACCAGUCCGAGGUGGCGAGAAUCUUGGUGUGUCAUCUAGCGGGAGUGCUUUACCGGGAGCGAGUGAGGAUAACGUUCACCUCAAACGUUCGAGCUCCAUCGGGGAGUCGAGCGUUCUGGGGUUAGGGAACGACGUCGUGCUUCCACCCGAUCCCGCUGUCCCCUUGUUCAACGUUGCUUUCGAAUUUGUGCAGUGCUCUCUUUGGAAAGCACAGGUGCGGGUAGGCUUCGAGUUGACUCGCCACACGACAAAAGCUAUGUUGCGUUGCUCCACGGUCGUGUUCGAGUUUCCGGAGGUUCAUCAGGACUGGCUCAUUCAUCUAGCUCGGACUAUCGAAAUCGUGAAUAAACUCAGUGCUCAGUGUACAAUGAUAAACAGGAAAAGCGUACCGUCCAAGACGGAGACGGUUACCCCUAUUGCAGAUCAAAGGCGAAAGGCGUGA